AUGGCCCUGAAGCACUCCUGCUGCAUCCUCUCUGGGGCCGCUGGCGCCUUCCACCCUGGCCUUGCCCCCGCAGCCUUUGCCAGAGCCAGCUCUUGGUUGGCCCAUGUAGAAAUGGGACCCCCAGAUCCCAUCCUGGGAGUCACUGAAGUCUACAAGAGAGACACCAACAGCAAAAAGAUGAACCUGGGAGUUGGUGCCUACCGAGAUGAUAAUGGAAAGCCUUAUGUGCUCCCUAGCGUCCGGAAGGCCGAGGCCCAGAUUGCUGCAAAAAAUUUGGACAAGGAAUACCUGCCCAUUGGUGGACUGGCUGAAUUUUGUAAGGCAUCUGCAGAACUAGCCCUGGGUGAGAACAGUGAGGUGUUGAAAAGUGGCCGGUUUGUCACCGGGCAGACCAUUUCUGGAACUGGUGCCUUAAGGGUCAGAGCACAUUUUAUGGAAAGAUUUUUUAAGUUCAGCCGAGAUGUCUUCCUACCGAAACCGUCCUGGGGAAAUCAUACACCCAUUUUCAGGGAUGCUGGCAUGAAGCUACAGGUUUAUCGGUACUAUGACCCCAAGACUUGUGGUUUUGACUUCACAGGCGCCAUGGAAGACAUUUUGAAAAUGCCAGAGCAGAGUGUUCUUCUCCUGCAUGCCUGCGCCCACAAUCCCACAGGAGUGGACCCUCGUCCUGAGCAGUGGAAGGAAAUAGCGUCUGUGGUAAAGAAAAAGAAUCUCUUUGUAUUCUUUGACAUGGCCUACCAAGGCUUUGCCAGUGGUGAUGGUAACAAGGAUGCCUGGGCUGUGCGCCACUUCAUCGAACAGGGCAUUAAUGUUUGUCUCUGCCAAUCAUAUGCCAAGAACAUGGGGCGGGUGGGAGCCUUCACCGUAGUCUGCAAAGACGCUGAUGAAGCCAAAAGGGUGGAGUCACAGCUGAAGAUUGUGAUUCGCCCCUUGUAUUCCAACCCUCCUCUCAACGGGCGGAUGGCCUCUACCAUCCUGACUUCCCCGGAUUUGCGAAAGCAGUGGUUGCAGGAAGUGAAAGGCAUGGCCGACCGCAUCAUUAGCAUGCGGACCCAGCUGGUCUCUAACCUCAAGAAGGAGGGCUCCUCCCACAACUGGCAGCACAUCACCGACCAGAUCCGCAUGUUUUGUUUCACAGGCCUAAAGCCUGAACAGGUAGAGCGACUGACCAAGGAGUUCUCCAUCUACAUGACAAAGGAUGGCCACAUCUCUGUGGCAGGGGUCACCUCCAACAAAGUCGCCUAUCUUGCACAUGCCAUCCACCAGGUCACCAAGUAAUUUCCUGGUGCGAGAACAGAGACAACCUUUUUGUCGUCAGUCCCUGCCGUUGUGUGAUUCACAUGUAGGAUGAGGGAGGGUGGAUGGUGGAGAGGUCAUUUCUUUCAACCACAGUGCAUAACACUUAGUGAUUGGAUGUAUUUCUCAGAAAAGAACAUGUAGUGAGAUAGCGCAGAGGCAUCCAUGGCUGGUGUCUGGAACUCUGUGGCUUUAAACCAAACUCCUCCAUCAUCCUUUUAUCUGACUUUUUUGAAAGAGUUUACAUGUAUAAGAAAGUCACAGCACCAAAAACCUGUCAUGAUGUUGCAAUAUUUCAGAAGCUUUAAUGAAGCACUGUGUGGUGGAAGGGGUUCCUCUGCGGAUCCAGCUUGAGACAUAGCUCAUGCUAUAAGCUGAGUUGUGUCAUUAGCAGUCCACCUCACAUUUGUCCCCCCAUGGUGGAGCAUCCUAUCAACAGACCAUAUUGCACAAAUUGUGCUUUACAAAAACCAAUGGGUCUGUUGCCACUGCAGCAAGGAAAAUAAUAGAUGCUGUUUCCUGUCUUAUUUAAGAAAAUAAGGAAAAUGUCUGUCUCUUCUUACCAUUGCUGUUCUUUUCUUU